AUGCAAAAUCCCAACGAUGUCACAAUUGACAUCCCAUUGACAAACGUAUCCAGCCGCGGGCAGACUGGUGCGCGCAGCAAUGGAACUAACAUUCCCGCUUCACCGUCUGCUGGUUUCUCGAAUGGAGAACAAGCCAGUUACAAUGCUGGCGAGAAAAGAGGGUUGACCUCCAGCCCUCCCAGCUCACAGGGUUUUGGCCAUCGCCGACGCAGAGCUAUCGACGACAAAUCUGGCCGUGCGGAGAACGACCCAGAGGACGGGACGAUCAACCGCUUGGGACGUUUCUACCAAGCCGUGCUCAAUUUUUCUAUCAUCACUCGCUACAUGAUCUAUGUUAUUCCCCUUGCUGCUCUCCUCGCUGUCCCGAUCAUUGUUGGGGCUACUGCCGCUCCUGAUGCUACAAUUGGCGGUGUUUCACUCCCCUGGUUUUUUACUUGGAUCGAGGUGGUCUGGGUAUCUCUGUGGGUGUGUAAACUGGUCGCCAAAGCCAUUCCUUAUGUUUUCCAGUUCGUCUCUGGAAUUGUUAGCUCCGGAACACGAAAAUAUGCCCUCGUCCUGCGGAACUUGGAGCUCCCCAUCACGACAGUGCUCUGGCUGAUUGUCUCGCUUGUUACUUUCCUACCUAUUAUGGUCUACAAUGCGCGGAACCAACGGAAUGGCGACACCUCGACGAAGGCCUGGGAAAAGUCCGUCAAGAACAUCCUAUUCGCCUUGUUGGUCUGCUCUUUGAUCUUCCUUGGUGAGAAGACUCUUGUUCAGCUUAUUUCUAUAAGCUAUCAUCGCAAGCAAUUCGAUGCCAGGAUCAAGGAGUCUAAACGCCAUGUCUACCUGGUUGGGGUCCUCUAUGAUGCCUCUCGCAGCAUGUUCCCCAUGUAUUGUAAAGAGUUUCGCGACGACGAUGCGAUCAUCUCCGACUCCAUCCUUGCUGCGUUACCAGAUGGCAGACCCGGCCAUAACCGCUCCAAUUCAUCUGCUCCUCUGCGGUUCAUUCGCGGAGUAGGCCAGAAUGUUGGCAAAUUCGGUGGUAAGAUCUCAGGUGCGAUUGGCGAUGUUGCGCAGGAAAUCACCGGCAAGCAAGUCUUCAACGCCAGCUCCUCACGGUCUGUUGUCAGUGAAGCGCUGGAGCGCCGUCGCUCGACCGAAGCUUUGGCCCGACGAAUCUGGAUGUCAUUUGUGGUUGAAGGCCGUGAAGCGCUUUACCCUGAUGACAUUAUCGAGGUUCUUGGAGCCGGAAAGGAAACCGAGGCCGAGCAAUCCUUUGCCAUGCUAGACAAGGAUGGGAACGGCGAUAUCAGUCUGGACGAGAUCAUCUUGGCCAUUUCUGAAAUUGGGCGCACUCGCAAGACGUUGAACCACAGUAUGCAUGAUGUCGACCAGGCUAUCCACGUUUUGGAUAACCUUUUGGCAACGGUUGCAUUCAUCAUCGCUCUUCUUGUCUUCCUCUCGUUUGUCACUAGCGGAUUUGGCACUGUUAUCGCUGCCGGUGCUACUACCCUUCUGUCCCUUAGUUUCGUCUUUGCAACUACUGCGCAGGAGGUGCUGGGUUCCUGCAUCUUCCUGUUCGUCAAACAUCCCUUCGACAUUGGGGACCGAGUAGAGAUUGAUACCAAGCCUUACAUCGUUGAGCGUAUCUCGCUGUUGUACACUGUCCUCCGCAACGUGAACGAUAACCGUCUCACCCAGGCCGCAAACGUUGUUCUCAACACUGUGUGGAUCGACAACUACUCUCGUUCUGCUGCCAUGCAGGAAAGAAUAACCAUUGAAGUCAACUUCGAUACGACAACCGCCGAAAUCCAGGCUCUGAAGGAGGAAAUCGAGAUGUUUGUUCGUGACAAGGAGAACUACCGCGACUUCCAGCAGGAGGUUGACAUCGAUGUUGUGGGUGUUGGCGCUCUCGACAAAAUGGAGAUCACAAUCAGCCUUUUCCACAAAUCCAACUGGGCCAUUGAGACCGUCCGUGCCGCUCGCCGUACCAAGUUCAUGUGUGCUUUGGUCGCCGCUGUUCGCAAGGUUCCGAUCCGUGCCCCUGGAGCUGCGACUGAAGAAACCCCUGCUGAAGAUAACGACAACUCCGACGAUAAGCCCGAUGACGGCAAGCCUGAUGACAAGGAAUCCCCCAAACGCCAGCCAUCCACAGGGACGCGCCGCUCUGCCACCGACAACGCCUUGCCCGACACAUCCAAAUCCACCGGUAUCGACCUUGGCCGUUCGGGAUCCGUCCAACGCCGCGGCGCCGGCGCCGCAGUUAGCACCUACAGUGAAAGCACCCUCAACAACAACGGAAGCCACGACCUAUACAAAAACCCUCAGUCCCCAGCAAGCGGCGGCGACGCAGAGUACUACCGCAGCUCCGCCUCGUCCCCGAUCGCCGAACGCCAUCUCAGCGUCAACCACGGCUCUCUCACCCGCGGUGCUUCAACCGCCUCUACUGGCCGCCGCAAGGCAGGCAGUAGCACCAGCAAUACUAUCCCUUCGCCCACAGAACCCGCUCUACCUUCCCAUCUGCAGCCUCCACCGCUCCAGACGCCGGCGGCUCUGCACCCCCAGCCUCUGAACCCGUAUAACUACUCUGACGGGUAUCAUGACCAGGCCGAGCCCUCUGCUGCACAGCACCCAUUAGAGCACGGCGAGGAGAUGGACCCGUCCAGAAUCCAGGGCCAUCCUCUACCCCAGGUUUACGAGUAUGCGCCAACUCCGCCGGAGCACCCGCCUCAUGAUCCGCGGUAUAUGACUGAAGAGCAGAGGAGGCAUUACGAAUCGCGCAGGUUUUAA